AUGCUUGCACCACUUGUAUUAGGCAUAGCUGCGCUUGCCAGCGCCUUCCCGGUUUCUACGACCGAAAGUGCGACCACAUAUCCGGCCGUGGGCUUUUGUUUGGGAGAUUGUUGGACACAUGACCCUGGCAUGGUCCAGCGUGAGUCAGAUGGCAUGUACUUUCGCUUCUCAACGGGAAGUGGAGUAAACACUAUGAUGUCCCCCUCGCUCGCGGGUCCAUGGGUGAAUGAGGGUCCUGCACUGCCUCAUGGCUCAAUAAUCAAGUUGGACGGUGUCGAUAGCAUGGAUAUUUGGGCUCCCGACGUGCACUAUGAUAGUGGAAUCUACUAUAUGUACUAUGUGGUAUCUAAGCUCGGCACGCAAAACUCGCAAGUCGGUGUAGCCACGUCUACGACCAUGGAGCCGGGGUCAUGGACCGACCACGGCGUGAUUGGCUUGCCCGCUAGCGGCGACUACAACCGGAUCGACCCCAACUGGAUCACCAUCAACGGCAAGCAGUAUAUGCAAUUCGGCUCUUACUGGAAGGAUCUCUUCCAGGUUGAGAUGGAAUCUCCUCUAAAGGUCGGCGGCGCGGCUCCGCACCAGCUUGCAUUCAAUGCUAGUCUCAACCAUCGCGAGGAGGCUUCUUUUAUGUUCCAGCACGAGGAUUACUACUACCUCCUGUUCAGUGGCGGUGUUGCUGGCUCCUAUACAGACACCUCCCCACCCCAGGGUGAGGAGUACCGGAUACACAUGUGUCGCUCAAAGAGCGGACUUGGAGACUUCGUUGACAUGGCUGGUGUCUCCUGCUUGAACUCUGGCGGCACCAUCUUGCUGCAGAGCCAUGACCAGAUCUACGCUCCCGGUGGACAGGGUGUCAUCCACGAUAAGGAGCUAGGCCCUGUUCUGUACUACCAGUACUACCCACUGGAGUUGAAGCAGGCUGGCGGUGUUGGUAACGACGGCUUCAGAUACGGCUGGAAUCCUCUGGGCUUCAAGGAUGGCUGGCCAUACGUGAUGUCUACCAUCUAA